AUGGCAGAAAUCACCAUCACUGGCGCUGGAGGCUGCAAAAUCCAAAUCCCAACAGGGCUUUUCAUAAACAACAAAUUCAUACCUUCCACUACUUCCGAGACCCUCACAACCGAGAACCCAACCACCAACACGCCCCUUGGUCAAGUCUCGGCAGCCCAGCCCUCUGACGUCGACGCCGCCGUCUCUUCCUCUAAGGAAGCCCUCAAGACAUGGAAGACUACCCAGCUUGCCGAGCGACGUAAAUUACUCAACAAACUAGCUGAUUUAAUUGAACGAGAUGCCCAAGAACUUGCCUCCAUCGAAGCCGUUGAUGCGGGCUUGUUGUUUAACAUGUCCCUCGGUUUUUGCAUUGUCCAGGCUGUCGAGACGAUUCGAUAUUUUGCGGGAUGGGCAGACAAGAUCGAUGGACAGUCCCUAGAUUUUGGCCAAGGAUUAGCAUACACCAAGAGAGAGCCUAUCGGCGUUUGUGCUGCUGUGGUACCAUGGAAUACUCCCCUGUAA